UUGGAAUUUGGAGCUUGCAAUGAACCCAUGAACGCAACGAGGACCGUCCAACAUGGCGGCCCAGCGUAGGAAUUUGAUGCAGAGCCAUCAAAGCUGGACAGAUGACUUGCCGCUGUGUCAGAUGUGUGGGGUUGGCACAGCAACCAACUGUGUGUACGGCCCAGAUGGAAAAGGAACUCUGAGCCACCCCAAUGAGGAUGGACACCUUAGGUUCAGAGGCGAGGAUGGCUGUUUCCUGUAUGGGGUUUUUAAUGGCUACGAUGGCAGCAAAGUGGCCAGUUUUGCCUCCCAGUGUCUGACAGCCGAACUGCUGCUAGGACAGCUCAACUCCAGUCACACAGACAACGACGUCCGCAGGAUCCUCACGCAGGCCUUUGACGUGGUGGAGAAGAGCUACUUUGAGACGAUAGAUGAUGCUCUGGCUGAGAAAGCUGCUCUGUCCAACUACCUCCCACCACACAAUGAGAAUGUGCCAUUCCACCAGCUUUCUCCUCAGAGUCAGAAGGUGCAGGAGCGUCUGAAGGAGCUGGAGCGAGAGGUGUCAGGAGGAGCUACGGCCGUCGUGGCACUGAUCCUCAACAACAAGCUCUAUAUCGCCAAUGUUGGUACCAACCGGGCACUGCUGUGCAAGUCCAGCAGCGACGGCCAGAACCAGGUUCUACAGAUCGGCCGACCACACAGCACUGACAACGAAGACGAGCUGCAGAGGCUUGCUGCACUGGGUGUGGAUUCAGGUCGUGUACGGCAGGCGGGGCAGAUUGCUGGUCAGAGCAGCACCAGGAGGCUCGGAGACUACCGGGUUAAAUUCAACUACAAUGAAAUCGACCUGCUCAGCGCGGCCAAGACGAGGCCAAUCAUCGCAGAGCCAGAGAUUCAUGGUAGCCAGUCUUUGGACAGCGUGACAGGCUUCUUGUUGCUGAUGUCAGAAGGUCUCAUCAAUGCCCUCGAGUCCGCCCACGGCCCCGAACAAGCCAAUCAGGAAAUUGUCGCCAUGGUAGCAGCAGAGCUGGCCCUGCAGACCAGUCUAGAGGCAGUGUCUCAGUCGGUGGUCGAGCGCGUCAAACGGCUGCACCACGACGUCUACGUGUCCGGCCGUCAGAGGGCAACCUACUGCUCUCGGCACGAGGACAUGACCCUGCUCAUCCGCACACUCAACUACCCGCUGGCUGACGGAGUGCUCACGCCCACACAGGGUGGACGGAUCUACCCCGUGUCAGUGCCCUACUCCAACAGCCAGAGCACCAGUAAAACCAGUGUCACCCUCUCACUGGUCAUGCCCUCCCAAAAUACUCUCACCAAUGGCACCAACACUGCCUCCACCCUGGAAGAAGGCACCCCCACACCAGGCAGUCAGAGCCCCACAGCCACCCUCCAGUCCACCAACACCCAAACGCAGAGCUCCAGCUCCAGCUCGGGAGACGGCAGCCUUUUCCGCCAGAGAGGCAGCCAGGCGGCGCAGCCCGAUGAGACGGGCAGGGUUCCGCCUUAUGUGGACUUCAGUCAGUUUUACCACCUGUGGGGAAGUGACCACAGCGACAGCCAGAGCACCCAGGGAGGACUGGGACCCCAGUGAGGAGGACCAAGAGGGUGCUGGGUGCCAGUUGGAAAAGGGGACGGACUGGGUUUUCUCACAGCAAGUAGGCACAUGGAUUAUGAAGGGACAAAGAUUUUAAGAGGUGGUUGGGAUGACCGAAAUGCUUUUAAUGUAUCAUACCUAAAAAAUAAGUGACCUAAAGGUGCAUGGGGCCGCAUGGAGGAGGGACUGGGAUUAUCUGGGGUCUUACGAUCAAAGAAGGCAAAGAAUAACCCCAAGACAGUUAGAAACUGGUGUCACUACACUCUGCAAAAUAAUGUUUGCGCUAGCGUUUUAGACGAUGGUCAUGAGAAUAUAUGUAAUCCAGAUUGUAGCCAUUGUUGUUAGAUGUGAAAACAUGUAUCUGCAAACAGGAAUCUCAUAAACUUGAGAGUUUGUGGAGUUAAGAAUGAUUUUAUACUGUAAGGCCUUAACGUGGAUUGAUUGGAUGUGUUUGAAAGUACUUUUUAAUUUGUAAUGAAAGUAUAUCUCCAAAUAACUCAA